GAAGAAGAAGGAGAACAAAGACAAUUUAAUCGUUUUUAAAGACAAUUUUGCAGGUGAUAGCCGUACAUUUUGGCAGUGCUAGUAUUUACUUGUUUGAGUCCAAAUGCCCCUCGGACUCCAACUCGAUACGGUGAGCAGAGAAAGGUGAAAUACGUGUCCACGGUGCCGAGGACGUCAUCACCAUCAUGUCUCUGGGACUGCUGCCUCUGUUAGCGACGUGUUUCUGUCUGGAGGUGUUUGAUGGGCACCUCGGAGCUCAGGCUGCUUCGGUUCUGGAUGCGGACCAAACUUUGAUAUGGGGACCAGGACUGGAAACAAACAUCGUCCUUCCAGCUCGGUUUUUCUACAUCCAGGCGGUUGACAGCUCGGGGACCAACCUAACAGCUUCACCGGGGGAGAAAACCUUUGAGGUGAAGAUGAAGUCUGCGGUGGAGCAGUUCCCCAGGAUCUGGGUCCAGGUCCUGGACCGUCGGGACGGGUCUUUCUUAGUGCGCUAUCGAAUGUAUGCCACCUACACAGACCUGCAAAUCCACAUUUUGCACAAAGAGAAGCACGUUGGGAAGUCUCCCUAUACGCUUAAAGGUCCGGUUUAUCACGAAGGCUGCGACUGUCCUGAGCCGAGCGGUUCUGUUUGGGAGGCCCACAUGCACUGUCCUCAGGCCUUCGCCCAGAUAGACCAGGAUCUGUCCGUCUUCACAACCGUCGAUCCAGACCGCAACGCGCGGGAGAUCCCACCGCGGUUCAGGCAGCGCCACAGCCUCUGUCACUACACCAUCAAAGACAACAAGGUUUACAUCAAGACGUUUGGAGAACACGUUGGCUUCCGGAUCUUCAUGGACGCCGUUCUGCUGUCGCUCACUCGGAAGGUGCACCUCCCCGAUGUGGAGUUCUUCGUCAAUCUGGGGGACUGGCCCCUGGAGAAGAGGAAACCCACGGAGGAGAUCCAUCCCAUCUUCUCCUGGUGUGGCUCCAACAGCAGCCGGGACAUCGUGAUGCCCACGUACGACCUGACGGAGUCCGUCCUGGAGACCAUGGGAAGAGUAAGCCUGGACAUGAUGUCUGUUCAGGGCAACACCGGGCCGGCGUGGCCCGAGAAGAACGCCACGGCCUUCUGGAGGGGGCGGGACAGCCGUCGGGAGCGACUUGAGCUGGUCCAGCUUUCCAGGGCUCACCCCGACCUCAUCGACGCCGCCUUCACCAACUUCUUCUUCUUCAAGCACGACGAGAGCCUCUACGGUCCGCUGGUCAAACACGUCUCCUUCUUCGACUUCUUUAAGUACAAGUAUCAGAUAAACAUCGACGGCACCGUGGCGGCCUACAGGCUGCCGUACCUGCUGGCAGGAGACAGCGUGGUCUUCAAGGUGGACUCUGCUUAUUACGAGCAUUUCUACAAGCAGCUGCGAGCGUGGGAGCAUUACGUCCCCGUGAGAGCGGACCUGGGGGACCUGCUGGAGAAGAUCCAGUGGGCUCGGGACCACGACUCAGAGGCUCAGAAGAUUGCACUUGCAGGACAACAGUUUGCUCGCCGUCACCUCAUGGGAGACACCGUUUUUUGUUACUACUACAGACUUUUCACGGAGUAUUCCAAACUCCAGGUGAGCCAGCCAAAGGUCCGGGAGGGAAUGGAGCCGGUGGAGCAGCCGGCGGAUGAACUCUUCCCGUGUUCCUGUCACAGAGCCGGGAUAAAGGAUGAGCUUUGAUAGCUGAAAAACAACGUCCUCAUACCAUAUGCUGCCAAAAACGACCAACUUUGUGACUUUGGUGUAUUUUGAAACUUUUUUAAUAAACGUUUUUUUUCACUGUG